GACGACAACUGACCAACUGUUCGGGUGAGGUUCGGGAGUGUUCUAGAGUUAUCGUGACUUCUGCUUAGGGAAAGAUCACUGUCCAUAGACGAUACUUCUAACUGGAGAUGCUGAAUUUUGGCAAACGAUAAAAUUUUGCAACAUAUUAGAUGGGUUGAUUGGUCGGGUCUGGCCAGUCGAGAUCGAUCUUUAGUACCGGUAGGAGUUCGAUUCGUCUCUACGGAUAGCUUGUGAACGGAAAGUCUGUGAAUAAUCUGUGAUCUUCAGCCAUGGUUUCCAGGAGCAUAUGUGUAUUGCUAGCCGUGACAGCUCAAUUAGUAUUAGCUGCACCAACUAGACGGAAACAAGAAGCGGAAGGAUGCUCCCGAAGUUCAACAGAUCUAGACGAUUGUGUAGCAAGUUCCAUCCAACACUUUGUCAACUUCAUGGCCAGUGGGAAGAUUUCGCCUAAGGUCUCGAUAACUCCAUUUGACCCGCUCCUAUUACCCAACAUGACAAUCAGUCACAAAUCUACCAAUACCAAGGCAGUCUUUGUCAACAGAUAUUUGAUAGGUCUAAAGAACAGUUUUGUUCAUGACACCAGUGUUGACCUGAACAAAAUGGAAGUAAGCCUAACUCUACUGAUGCCUGCUCUGGAACUUCUCGGAAUGUACUCGGCCGAAUCUCUGGACGAUCUGGAAGCAUCGGAAAAUACGAUCUUAACUAUUUCCAUUCGUAGUUCAACGGCCAAGUUCCGCAUCCAGGUAUCCACGCAGAAACCUCCGAGCGGCAUCGAGCAGCUCCGGAUAAACGUCACCGACAUUGACCUAGUGAUGGGUCCGUACAUGAUCAACGAUCUGGACCACAGCACCCACAUACCGCGGGUCAAUCGGCACCUCAACAGCAUCCCGAGGGCCGAAUUCGUGGCGCUUAUCGAGAACGACCUGCGAGUGCAACUGGGCUCCCGACUGCAGUACAUUGCUAAUGAAGUGUUUUCACUGGCGCCGUACGAAAAAUUGUUCCCCGUGUGAUCACUGGAAAAGAUUCUCAUUGAACAAAAGACACAGAAAAAAAAAUAAAACACUCCAUCACAAAAGUCGCCAGCACAAACACCAUAAAACAUA